AGUCGAGCAGAAGAGUGGAGUCACUGUGAACUCCAGUGGGGUGGAAAUGUAGAGACGCGUGUCUGAACCACGCCAGAUUAUCCCGAGAGAAAGCCGCAGUGGGUCACGCAGGCUCGGUUCGCUCAGGGUUUCCGUUCUUCCUCCUGUUUUUUGCCUUGUGCACAGCUAAAGCGUCCUCGCCUGGCCUCCACAAGCCCAAGCCGAGGCAUGCAGCUCGCUUUACUCGGCGACGGAGGCAGAAGUGUUGUGCAGGCUGUUCAGGACAGUCCACGCUUCUCCCGCAGACUGGCUCGGACAGAGCAGAGAGGGUCAAUGCCUUCACCCUCUUUUCCCUCCAGCGCUGGAGGCAGAGCAGCGAGCAGAGUGAAACCCGGCCCGGGUCUUUGUUCGGGUGCCCCCGCGGAGAGUGAAGCACCUCAGCGCCGCAGAGUCUCCUCAGCUGGAGAGGCAGGACCACCAGUGCAGAGUUCUUCGAUGGACCUAAUAACCGGGCAGUACCUCUGUGGUCAGUGGCCACGAGAUAUUCAUCAGACCCAGCGCACCUGCAUGACCGAUAAAGCCACACAGACCCCUGGCUUUUGGUCAGACGACUUAGAAGGGCUGAAGAUACACAAGCGGUCGGCAUCCUGGUCUAGUGCUGAUCACCGUGGAGAGAUCGCUAAACUGCGUGGACAGCUGCGGAGGAGUGUGCUGGGAAUCUACCAUAACGGCGAGCAGGACUCAGUUUCCUUAUUUAACCAGGACCAGACUGAAGAACCUCCAGCGUCCUUGACCAGCUUGACCGUCUCAAAGCCAGCUGUGUGUAGAGUGAGCAGCUAUACUGACAGCAUUAACCAUGAGUUAGAGAGUGUGUUUGUCAGCGAUACCUGGGGGACACAGCAAGAGAGGGAGCUGCAGGAUGGACGGUGUGCUCCAGUCCCUCCUCACCACCAGACGCAGAGCAUGGACACACAGCUCGUUUCCAACGGCCCUCACAGCCCACAUCUAUUCCCCUUUUCCGCUGACCUCCCACAAGCCCUGGACUCCUUCUCCAGCAGGCCUGACUUUAGUGAAGGCCAUGACUAUGUAAAUGAGAGCAGCUCACCGCUGCCCCCGCUGGCCAGUUCCCCCAAACCCAACAACAGCUUCAUCUUCAAACGGGUUCCUCCUGAGGGCUGUGAGAAGAUCAAGGUGUUUGAGGAGACUUUGUCAAAAGGCUUCCCCGUCUUCUCCUGCCCCGACAGAAACAAAGUGAGCUUCGUCCCGACCGGCUCAGGACCCUUCUGCCCCGUCAGACAGCUGGACUCCUCUUUCUUUCCUUCAGUCUGUGGGUCCGGCUCCCAGAGCGGGCAGGCCACGGGUCAGUUUAAACAGGCCGGGGGACGAGAGAGACCACCUCCACACUGCUGCGGCGCCUACAGGACACUCCACUGCUAACCGAAAGUCCAGCUCUGAACUGAUAAAUCUCCUCAAAGGUCUUAAUGCAGUAUAGAUCUACAGGUCAAGGUUAAAAGGACUCCAAGUCCAGCAGCUACAGUGCUUGAACUGACUUGUAAAAAAUGACAGCAUUGGAAUGUUGGUAUCGCUGUUGUAAAAAAACCUCAUGAACAUUGGGCCUCAUUCACCAACCGUUCUUAAGAAGAAAUUUCUUCUUAAAACCAAUUUAUACAGUGGUUGGUUAGUGUAGUGGAUAACACCUUUGCUUUCUACGCUGUAGACUGGGGUUCAAUCCCUGCCUGGGUAAACACCGUACACUAUACCAAUAAGAGUCCUUGGGCAAGACUCCCAACACCGCCUUCACCAACCUGUGCAAAAAACGUAAAAUUAUAAGUCUCAAGGACUUGUAAGGAUAAGACCAUCUGCCAAAUGCCAUAAAUGUAAAUGCAGCUUAAGUUUAAGGCUUUUUCUUCUCACCUUUCUCAAGAACAAAUUUAAGAAACGACUUUUUGUUGGUGAUUGAGGCUUAAUGCUCUUAACAUCUGUUAAAAGGGAAUUUCUACAGUUCUUUCAAAUUUUCAUAUUAUUGAAUCGUUGCGAAGUCAUAAAGUCAGUGGUUUAAUAUGAAAUGGUCUAUUCCAGAGAAACUUUCUGACCCCUACCAGUUUCCUUACAGGGUGGUCAUAGGAAACAGGGGCUGUGACAAAACAAAAAUAUAGCUAAGAGAAAAAUGUAUUUACCACCCGAAACCAUCAGUGAAGAUGCACGUCUUCUGAACUUUGAUAGUAGUUAAGUUUUCUUUGGGAACUCUUGCCUUACAGUGCCCUGCAUGCAUCACUCUGAGUGGAUUUUAAAGUUACCAGAAAAGUUGCCAUCAUAAAAGACAUCAGGCAGCAGACUCUGGUUCCUGUCAUCACCACUGUGAACGUUUCUGGCUUGAUGUUUCUCUAGAAUGAGCCAUUUCACAUUAAACCACUCUGAAUGAGUUUGUGUACUACUGUCAGGUUUGCUCUGUCCAUUUUCCGAAUCACAGUGUAAAGGCAGUUUAAAUGCUGUAAAAAGUCGGCUUUAUGACGGCGUAUUAAUUGUAUCAAAGAAAACGAACAAUUCAGAAAUAUCAACAAACAUCCAUGAGAUCUAUUCCUCAAAUAAUGCCCAACACGGUUUUCAAUAAGCAGAAUAUUUUUUGAAUGUACGCACUGAACUACUGUCCUAUUGGCUUCUUUAAACCUGGGAAGCACGAUGAUGGGCGGGUUUCUGGCUCCAUGGAAAACCGAAUGAAUCUCGACUCAGAUGUACAUAUUUUAAUCUUUUUAUUACUAUUUGCAUUCAUGCUUUUUAUAUGGUCACAUUUUAUUUAUGUAUGAUUGUACCCAGAGGAUACAAAAAAAGCAAUAGUACAAGACAAAAUAGCCAGUCGUUUUUUUUUACUUAUAACAAUGUUUGAUGUUUAUAAGAUGUAUCUGAGGUGUUUAAGUGGUGCCAGUUAUAUUAAACUAAGAUUCAUUUAGCUAAAUAGAAUCUUUAGUCCCACUUCAUAUAAGGUGGCCUGUCCGCAGAAUAUUGCACUUUGUAUUUAUACUUACAGCAAGGAUUUUUCAAGUGUUACUUGUUCUGCCUACAACUAGGGGGUACUAUAUCAAAUAUAAUACAUCUACAUAGAAGACUGUACCUUUUUUAUAGUGGAACUGGGAUGGCACCGAGGGCCGAUAUGUAACAGAACCCAACACACGAAAGUAUCAGCUGUGGCUUUAAUCAGUACGUCAGCAUCAGUUCAGACAAAUAUCUACAACACCAAACUGGCCAAAGCGGUAUGUGUUCGCAUUUUAGUACACGUCUUGUUUCACGCCUGCUAAGGCAAGCGUUCCUACUUUCGGCCCACGUUUUAAGUGGCAUUUCGACUCGUUUGCUGUUUAAGGCUUACAUUUUGCAGCAUUGGUUUUAAAUCGAUAAUGUAAGACUGAGCUUUAUGUAAAUAUGUGAAUGUGUUUUGAAUAUGACCUCAGCUCUAGCAUUUGGAAAACAUAUGAAAUAUACCACUUUUUACACACAGUAACCGCUAAGGAAUGAUGAACUGGUGAGGCCUUCAUCUCAUCACACCCAUUUCCACUCAGGCCGCAACACAGCGUGACUAUAAAUAAAGGGGAAUUCCAGCUUUGACAUGAAAUA